GAACGGCUGAGUUCCCAUGGUUCAGUGUGAGCCGCUUGCCCCACCCCAGCUCCCUCCAGAUCUCAAUAUUAAAAAAAAUUAAUAAUAAUAAUAAAGCGAGGAAGACAUGCAAGGGGGAGAAGGAGACGCGGAAUAGGGGAGGGGGAAGCAAGGCAGCCGCUCACAAGGCUCGGGGUUUUUAUUUGUGGGGGGGGGGAAGGGGGGUGUUUUUGUUUUGGGAGGGAGCAGAGCCAACGUGCCCUCCUCCCUCGCCUCCCGAUCCUCCCUUUUAACCCCCCUUUUUGCUCCCCGUGUUUGCCGGGGCAGCCAAAGAUUUCCAAAGCGCUCCUGGAAACCGAAUGUGAAAAAGCCAGGAAGGCAAGGAGGAGGAGGAGGAAGGGAGCAAAAAAAAAAAGAAAGGACGGGGCUUGGAUCCCGAUCAACCCUGCGUGGGGAGGAAGAGGCAGAUAAACAAGCCGCCGGCGGAGAGCGAGAGCAGGAGGCCGAGCCGCCCAGCCCAGCGAGGAAAGCGGGGACGCGUCUUCCCGGCCAGGCUCGGCUUGGCCCCCUUUUGGGCGCUGCGCCCUUUUUUGGCGAGGCGGUGCGCGCGCGCCGCUGCUGCCAGGGGUGGCUGCUGGGUGGGGGGCGAAAGCACGGAAGAGACGUUGCGAGAGCCUCCGUGCGCCCCGGAUCUGGGGAGGUUUCUCUGCUUCGGGUCGGGAAAAGAGGAUUUUUUUUUCUUCUCAUUAAAUACGGCGAGACGGGAAGAGAGAGGAAGGAAGAAAAAAAAAAAGAGCCGAGGCUGCGACGUCUCUUUAUUCCCCCCCACCGUCGUUGGAUAUAAAAAUACACACGGGGUUGGCUUUUUUUUUUUCCUUUGCAGGGUUUUGUGCUGCCAGGGGGGAGAGGAAGAGGGAGACUUUAAGGGGGGGAAAAGCCCGUGGUCCUGCGGAGAUUUUUUUCCCUCCCCCCUUUUUUUGGUGGCUGCCAACCCACCCCCACCCUCCCCACUCCCCCCACCCCCUUUUCUAUUUCUAUUUUCCUUUUUUUUUUUUUUUAAAGAAAAGAGGAUCUGCAUUGUGAGAAGAGGGAUCUCUGGUCGAGGUGGAGGGGAGAGAGACGGAGGUGGAGGCCUGGGGUUGAGCAGGAGCAAAGUCAUCGCUCUUCUCCCCCCCCCCUCCCCACCCCCAGCCGUGGCUCAGCCCUCUCCAUGCCUUUAGCAAGCGGCAGCUGGGCGUAAAAAUAUAUAUAUAUAUUUUUUCCAAAGUGGGGGAGGGAAAGAGAGAGCAAAAAACAGCCCCCCCUUUUUUUUUUGCAACAAGCCCCGGUUGCUGCUUGCUUCUCCCCCUUCUCCUUCCCCUCCUCCCAGCCCCCCCACCCCCCAAGAUGGGCUGUUUGGGGAACAGCAAGACUGAGGAUCAGCGCAACGAGGAGAAGGCGCAGCGGGAGGCCAACAAGAAAAUCGAGAAGCAGCUGCAGAAGGACAAGCAGGUCUAUAGGGCCACGCACCGGCUCCUCUUGCUGGGUGCUGGGGAAUCUGGUAAAAGCACAAUUGUCAAGCAGAUGCGGAUCUUGCACGUGAACGGAUUUAAUGCAGAGGAGAAAAAAAUGAAAAUUCAGGAUAUCAAAAACAAUAUUAAAGAAGCUAUAGAGACAAUAGUGACAGCAAUGGGGAAUCUGGCACCACCGGUCGAGCUAGCCAAUCCAGAGAACCAAUUCCGAAUCGACUAUAUAUUAAACUUAGCAAACCAGAUAGAUUUUGACUUCCCACCAGACUUUUAUGAACAUACAAAAACACUUUGGCAAGAUGAAGGUGUGAAAGCCUGCUAUGAAAGAUCCAACGAAUAUCAGUUGAUCGACUGUGCACAGUAUUUUCUAGACAAAAUUGACAUAGUCAAGCAAAAUGAAUACACACCAUCUGACCAGGAUCUUCUUAGAUGCAGAGUUCUGACGUCAGGAAUCUUUGAAACCAAGUUUCAGGUGGACAAAGUAAACUUUCAUAUGUUUGAUGUUGGUGGUCAGCGAGAUGAACGCCGAAAAUGGAUCCAGUGUUUUAAUGAUGUGACUGCUAUCAUAUUUGUGGUGGCCAGCAGUAGCUACAACAUGGUUAUACGAGAAGACAAUCAGACCAACCGGCUUCAAGAAGCAUUAAACCUUUUCAAGAGUAUCUGGAACAACAGGUGGCUACGGACCAUUUCAGUAAUUCUUUUCCUGAACAAACAGGAUUUGCUAGCAGAGAAAGUUUUGGCAGGGAAAUCUAAAAUUGAAGACUACUUUCCAGAAUUUGCUCGUUACACCACACCAGAUGAUGGAAGAGGCACAGGCAUCGAUCGCUCCCCAUGGGUCGCUCCCCAGGGUGAUACAGGCGUCCAGGAACAGAAGGAGGAGCAGGAGGGCCGAGGGGGAGGGAAAGGCAGGAGGGGUCACCCUCCUCAGUGGGCGCCAUUAACCUUUGCGUGGCGAUGCAGGUGUCUGGGAAGAGGAGAACAACAAGAAGCAACACCAGAACCUGGUGAGGAUCCUAGAGUUACAAGGGCCAAGUAUUUUAUUAGAGAUGAAUUUCUUAGAAUCAGCACAGCGAGUGGAGACGGAAGGCACUACUGCUAUCCUCACUUCACGUGUGCAGUGGAUACAGAAAACAUCCGAAGGGUUUUCAAUGACUGUCGGGACAUUAUUCAACGGAUGCACCUUCGCCAGUAUGAGCUAUUGUGAUGGAGAGCACUUUUUCUCUUGGGUUUUUUUUUUUUUUUUUUGGACUCUACUCCUAAUUAAAAGAAAAAAGAAUACCCUUGCCCACGUAGGGUGGAAGAGAACUGUUGCAAUCUCCCUCUGAAUUGCAUCCCUGAAACCUUUUCUCCUUACUGGACAAAAUAGCAGCCCUUCUAAGCUUGCUUGUUUAUGCCCCUUCGGAACAGUUCGAGACGACCCUCCCAGUGGCCCCGGGCCACACGGGGAGGGUUCCUCUAACACUAUCAUUAACAAAUAAAUUAAACAAAUAAAUAACGCCCUGGAUGGAGGAGCAUCUUGAAAGGAUUUGGGGACUUAAGAGUAAAUAUUAAAAAGCGAAACAAAAAAAAAGAAUACUGCAGGAGGAGGAACUCUGGGUAAUUAGCACUGUUGUGGGCAUAAUCAUAUUAUCCCAUGAUUUUCAACUUUUUCCAUUCACUGCAUCAGAAAAAAAAAGAAGGUGCCAAGUGUCAGACAAAGGACAAGUCGCUCAUGCUCUGGUUUUCUGCCUCUGAAUGUGACUUGUGAGCAGAAAAUACUGACUAUUCUACAGCAGAACCUUGACAGUGAAGAAGCCACUGUGAGCUGCCGAAAGGCGUGGCGCGUGGAAGGUCCUCAGAUGGGACGUUGCGAAAUGAUCUGCGUUAAUGGCCUGUGAUCGCAGGAAGAGCUCAACCACACACACUGUUUUCAGUUUGUCCACUGAUGAUGCUGUCUGGUACAGAAAGCAAACCAACCUACAAAUAACAAAAGAAGUCAUUAUCGGGACUCGGUCGUCCUCACGGUCACCCCCCGCGCCCCCCCUCCUUCUCUUCAUUCCCCUCCUCCCAACCAACCCACCUCUUCCUUUCCCGAUUUUUAUUUUACUGCUGGAUUAUUAUUCUUGUACAGACUGUAAAAUGUAUUAUUUUGUACAACUUUAUUGAGAAAAAAAAAUAACUUGUAGAAGAUCUUUGUGCCUUGAUUAUGGCUGUACCUGUGCAAUGAGCUAAGAUGUAAGUAUGUUUGAUUGCGCUGUACAGCUUUGUCAAUCCCUAUCAGCAGCAUUCGCUCAAGGUAGGGAAAAUUUAUCUGUAGUUUAGGGGGAAAUUUUUUUUGUUUUUUUUUUGUUUGUUUCAUUUCUGAUUUAUAAAAGGAGGAGGAAAAAAAUACUGUUUAGUUAAAAAAAAGUACAAAUUGUGCAAAACUUAAACCACUUUAAAAAGUGAGGUCUACAACAAAGUGACCAGAUGUUGCAGCAUCAUGCUUUUUAAUUUUUAGCUUUAACUCAUUUAAAUCUCUAUCCAAAUGCAAAACAUGGCUUGUUUCUACAUAAACCAAAUUUUGCUACAAAUUAUAAAUGUUAGUCUUUGUCAUUCAUAGUUUUGUUUUGUUUUUUUGCAAAAAAAAGAGAAAAAGAUACAGAACAAAAAAAAAGCAAACAAACACACAGGCGUUGUUGGCGCAGGCCUGCUAGCCGGAUCUGUUUUGGGUCAGAUACCUUCCCCACCCCACCCUCUGCUAUUUCCACAGGGGCGUAAGACAUCCACCCCCAUAAUGACAAAAUGUGCAUUGUCCCUGGAUUUGGCCACUGAAUUUCAGUUUCAAGUGACAUUUUAUUUCUCUUUUAAUAAAGAGAUACGUUAGACCUUUUUUUCCUUUUGUUUUAUAUUAACUAUAUAAGUAGCUUAAAAGUGAAGACGUGUGGAUUUUUUUUUCUUAAACUUGAAUAAUUUAUGCAAAUUAUAUGCUUAGAACAACAUGUGGUACAGUAAAAAAAGAGAAAAAACAGCAAAAAUCACUGUAGCAAUAAGAAAGCAUGUAAUUUACUAACUACUACACUGCUUUAUAUUUUAUACUUAGGUGUUGUGUCUCUGUGAGCGUGUUACUUUUUCAUGUGUUAAAAACCUACAUGUACAAAUUUGUACAGUCCUAAAAUUACCGCUGUAAUAACACAUUUAGAACAGUGUUAGCCUAUAUUACUCUGGCCACCUCUUUGCUCCAACCCUGAAAAACAAAACAGAAAACAAAAAUCUGGUUCUUAAUACAGCAACACUUUUUACUUGCCUUUAUGCCUUUUACACACACAAGGUUGUGCUGUUUUUGUUUUGUUUUUAAGUUUUACAGGAAUUCAAAUCAGCUUCUCUUAGGAAGAAGUCCUGUUUUCAAGACUGUGUUGCGGCCAAGAACUGUUGCUAGUGACUGAGGCCUUUUUUAGGCCAAACCGCUUAUGCCAUCAAUAAUGCUAUCACCCCAAAUGGGGCCACUCAUUAGCCAUUAAAAAGGGGAAGAAGGGGCUGAUAAUUUUGCAGUUAAGCCUCUAGUCAGAAAAUUAAUUUUCCCUUCUGCUUUCAAACAUGUGCCAAAAAACAGAACUGGGUGGUGGCGCAGAUAUCUCUCUGUCUCUAUCUUUCUCUCUCCCUGCCUGAACAGGAGCAAUUGCGUAGCCUUUUGGAAACACAAAAAUCUCAGCAGUGUCCUAUGUUUGAUAGCAGGGGGUCAUCACAUACAGUCGAGGCCUGGUUUCUGUUCAUGUAGCGUCCAAGGUAAACGAAAGUCGAGGCAUUUGAAAUUUUAAAGACCAGCUCGCUGUCUCCCAUGGCGGGUCUGUUGUAAGCCCCGACUGGGUGCAUAGGUCCCUGCUGCUCUGCCUUAGGUUGCAUCCUGUUCCUGCAGCUAAACUAAUUCAGAUUGCUAAAAUUAAUCCAGUUUAAGCUAAGUUUUAAGGACUUUUUAAAAGGGGCAGUGUUUGGAAUUGGUGGUGAACCCUGACCCAGAGGUUUUUUUUGCCAAUGUAAGACUUCAGCUAGUGCCUGUUAUUGGAAUUUCGGAAGGGAAAGGCCAGGCAUACAUAUAUACACACAUGAAUUCAGAAGAGGGUAUAAAAUGUGAGACUUUAUUUUUUGUUGUUGUUGCAAAAGCCAAAAUCAUUAACUGUGUGUGCCAAAUCUGGAAGAGGAUGAUGAUGCAAUAACCAAAUUAAGAGUCAUAAAUCCAGUCUGUCUGCAAAGAAUGUAAUGUGCGAUCUCAGAAAGAAAGAGUCACCUUCUAUAACAAGGACACCUUUCUUUGGUGAAGAGAAUAAGCAAGUGUAUGUAACUAAAGCGAGUGUGUGUGGUUGUAUGUUUGAAGUGUGGGUGUGUAUACGCAACACACGUGCACCCAAUUUUUUUCUUCAAAAAAAAAUCCUAUAAAGCUUUAUACGAAUGGAAAUGUUUGAGAUGCCUUUUUUCCCCACUUGGAAGGCCAUACAUUGAAACCAGUUUGGGUGCGCAUGGAUGGAGUGCUUGCGUGCGCAUCUUGUCUCAGUACGUACUGCCUUUUUCAGUCUGUCUCUGGUCUGUGCAAUUUGGUGUCAUGGUAAAUGCAAGUCUUGCUCUUAACAGUUUUCUCUUGCCGUUUUCUUUUGUUUUUACUUUUAAUCUACCCACCCCUUUAAAAAAGUUCAAUGCUUGCUAUUUGAUUCUGUGUUUUCUUCUGUUGCUAAUUUCUUUGCCAUAAUUUCAUAGUUGUUCAAACCAUUCCACUCUAAUGCUCAUCUUUUCUUGGAUCUUUAUUUUUCUAUUUAUUUAUUUAGUUGAACUUCCUGCUCAAAUAAUUGUCUGGAUUGAGGAUUCUGAACUUGCGACUGUCACCCGUUUUAGGAACUUUUCAUAUUAACAGCCAAGGAUUCCUCACCCCCAUUUUCUCAGUAUUGAAAGUGCUGACGUGUACUGUACCCACAAAUGUAAACAGUACGACUACUACCAAUAAAACAAAUUCAGUACUUUA